AUGUCCGCCGCCAUAGACAAUGAAGACCUGGAGGACCUCGCCAUGUCGACGAACCCGCGCCGCAACGCAACACCCCACGAUCUCUAUACCGCCACUGCCCUCCACGCGGCCGAUGGAGUCGGACACCGCAAACGCUCCAGUCGCGAUGCCAAGGCAAGCCAGCGGCUCGGCCAAUACACGAUCGUGAAGACACUCGGGGAGGGCUCCUUCGGCAAGGUGAAGCUCGCGACGCACCAGGUCAGCGGACAGAAGGUUGCUCUGAAGAUAAUAAACCGCAAGAAGCUGGUCACCAGGGAUAUGGCGGGCCGGAUAGAGCGCGAGAUCCAGUACCUGCAACUGCUGCGGCACCCCCACAUUAUCAAGUUAUACACGGUGAUUACCACACAGACCGAGAUCAUCAUGGUCCUCGAAUUUGCCGGUUACGAGCUGUUCGACUAUAUCGUCACCAACGGGAGGCUGAACGAGGACAAGGCCAGGAAGUUUUUCCAGCAGAUAGUUUGCGCUGUGGAAUACUGCCACCGUCACAAGAUUGUUCAUCGCGACUUGAAGCCCGAGAACCUGUUGCUGGACGAGAAUUACAAUGUCAAGAUUGCCGACUUUGGCUUAAGUAACAUCAUGACGGAUGGCAACUUCUUGAAAACCAGCUGUGGCAGUCCCAAUUAUGCAGCUCCGGAAGUGAUAUCCGGAAAGUUGUAUGCAGGGCCGGAAGUUGACGUCUGGAGCUGUGGUGUGAUCCUUUACGUGCUCCUGGUUGGGCGACUCCCCUUCGACGACGAGUACAUCCCGACGUUGUUCAAGAAGAUCGCUGCAGGGAACUACAGCAUUCCGAGCUAUCUCUCCAAAGACGCAGUGUCUCUGAUCAAGAGAAUGCUGAUGGUGAAUCCGGUUCAUCGAAUCACCAUUGGCGAAAUCCGCCAGGAUCCUUGGUUCCUGCAAGAUCUCCCUCCGUAUCUCGCAUUGCCGCGCGAGGAAUUCUUCGAUACCGGCGUGGAUCCCAAUAAAGCCAUCGAUCCAAGCACGCUUGCACCGUCUCAACCGGUCGCGGUUGUACAGAAGCUCCACGAGACGGUUGUCGGGAAGCUGGGAAAGACCAUGGGUUACGCAAAACACGACGUUCAAGAGGCAUUGGCUCGCGACGAGCCAAGCGCGAUCAAGGAUGCAUAUUUGAUUGUUCGCGAAAACCAAAUCAUGAAAGAUAAUCCCCUAUUGGCGCAGGAGCAGGGGCUACAACCUUUCCUCGCCCAGUCGCCCCCCACUCACGAAAGCUAUAUGAGCCAGUCUAUCCCGCAAGCACUUGCCGCCUCUUCCGCCUCAAGCAAGCCACAGAUGAUCCCUCCGCCAUCAAAUUCGGAACGAACCCGUCAAGACUCGACCUCGAGCAGUCAAAUCGCCAGCGUGCGAAGCCCCAUCAACACGAUCGCCGUCCUUCCCAGCAGCCUUCCGGAUUAUCACAAAGCCUACAUGAAGGGACACCCCAAACCUCCCCCUCCAAACGAUCCCGCCUCUGACGCUCCUCAUAACGCUGAACAACGAGCUGCUGCUGCCCGCCGAUUAAAGCCAAAUUUCCGAGCAACCCAAGAUACUGCGCGCAUAAAGCCUGAGCCAAUGACUAGUCUACCGACAAAGAAAGCUCGACCUACGAAAUGGCAAUUUGGUAUCCGUUCCAGGAACCAGCCCGCAGAGGCUAUGCUGGCCAUUUACAAGGCGUUGCAAGCCAUGGGUGCUGAGUGGGAGAAGCCGCGAAUCCGGCGCCCUGGAGGCGGGAGCAGAUCACGAAGUCGCAGCACCUCCCUCAACGGACGCUCCGGAUCAACGUCUCGUCGAGGAGGAUCAAGAGACUCAUCCAGGUCCUCUCGCGAAGACUUUUCACACGAUCUCUCCCCGCACCAACGCGAACCCCUCUCCAUACGAAACCCCGACGAACGCAGGGAACGGCCCCGAGGCCGCCAAAAGAAAAUCUACAACGAGCACAACGACUGGGGCUACAAGAUCCCCGAAGACCCGUGGGUGAUCCACGCGCGUUUCCGCAAAGACGGCAUGUUCGCACCGGGCGUUGCCCAUCCAUCGUCCACCCAUUCCUCGCGCGUCGAUCUCUCCCACGAAGCGCUCGCACGCCGCCGCAGCUCGACCAACACCAGCCGCUCGAGCAGCCACGGCCACGUCGAGGGCAUAACGUCUCUCAACUCGCGGGCGGGCUCCAUCGGCAGCACCGGGUCGUCGCAAACCGGGGGGUCGUCGCAAACGGGGGGCAAGAGCAAGCCCCCGACCCCAGACGAAGCCGUCUACAUCUACAUGUCGAUCCAGCUCUACAGCAUCGACCGCGAGUUCUUCGUCGUGGACUUCAAGUGCGCGGGCUACGAGCGCCUUGUCAACAACCUCGUCCGCGAGAUCCGCAUCCCCAGGUACCACCACGGCCGCUUCAAGCAGCACGAGGACGCCUGGGACGACCAGCAAGGCGUGUGGCGGCGACUCGGCGAGGGGGAACCCGUGCCCGAGGACCUCAGGGGCGUGCUUAAGGAGACGCUGGUGGAGAGGGGGGCCGGCCGCGCUGAGGGCGAGAAGCAGGCCGCCAGCCCAUUUCCGUUCCUCGACGUCGCGAGCUCCCUCAUCUUGCAGUUGAGUGGAGAGUAG